GACCCUGGUGACCGAUCGAGACCCAAACCCAAAGAGUCCCUGGGUGAAACUCUGGGACUGAAAAUUAUAGUUGAAGAACUGGAGAAAGAAGAGGAGGCGAGAGAAGAAGAUGAGGAAGUUGGUGGUUUGAUCAAUUCCGACGGAGAGGAAGAAAAAGCCCUGUCCCGGUCUUUGUUAGCGGUGAGAUUCCCUCUACAUCAACAGAACCAGAACAACACCAAAACAUCCAGGAGAAACGAUACAGAACCAAGAAGCCUCACCUCUGCUCGGGAGAAACCCUACCACUGUUCUGUCUGCGGGAAGAGGUUCAUCCAGCGAGGGAAUCUGUUAAAACACCAGAAGGUCCAUCGCAGGAUGCACACCGGGGAGAGACCUUACCAGUGCUCUGUCUGUGGGGAGAGCUUCAACUCAACAGCAAACCUGAGGAAACACAGACAGUCCCACACUGGAGAUAAAGGGUCUGCUAACAUGAAGAGGGGUCGGCUCCUGAGGUCGUCCUACACUGGAGAGGGGUCUGCUGCUAUUACGGGAGGAUUUCAGACUGCUGGAGGUGAUGCUCUGGGAAGCGUGGUCAAAGAUAAAAGCUCUCUGGAUCCUGACCCAGGCCACGGUGAAGGCUGCAGUCAAACAUCUACCAUAUAUAUCGAGAGUAAAGAAGAAGAGGAGGAGGAGGAGGAAGUUGGUGGUUUGAUAAAUUCUGAAGGAGAAGAAGUUCAUUGGGAUUACCUCAGUCCUGGAUCUUCAGCAUUGCAGGGCCCGAAGUCAGUUUCUGAAAGGUUUGAGAACCAAGUUGAAGACGAGGAUGAUGUGGAAGAAGAGGAAAUUGGUGGUCUGAUCAAUUCAGACGGAGAAGAAAUUGGUUGGGAUCGUCAUCGUAUCAGACAGCGUGUCAGCCGUCCUUCUGACAGCGAGGAGAGUCCCUCCGCAUCAGGAGAACCUGAACAACACCAGGAGGAUCCCAACAACACCAAGUCUCACCACUGCUUUAGAUGUGGGAAAGACUUUGCCAACAUCUCUAACCUACGGCGACACCAGAAGAGACACUCAGGAGAGAGUUCCGAACACAGAUCUGACAGCGAAGCCAGGAAGUCCCACUGCUGCCCAGAAUGUGGAAGAGACUGUAAGAAGCUAUCAGCUCUACAAAAACACAUGAAGAUCCACACAGGAGAGAAGCCGUACCCUUGCUCCGUGUGUGGGAAACAGUUCCGUGAAAGAACAGCCCUCCGCGACCACCAGAAAGUGCACACGAGAGAAAAACCUUACCCUUGCCCCGACUGUGGGAAGAGGUUCGCUCACUCAGGAGCUAUGAAGAGACACCUGCUGACGCACACCGGAGAAAAACCUUACUCCUGCUCUGUGUGUGGGAGGAGCUACACCCAGAUAGGGCGACUGAGAGAACACGGCGAACACACAGGUCGGUUCUAUGUUAAGUUUAGAUGUUCGGCUGUUUAG